AUGGUUCUAUACCGACAUCCGUUCGGAGGUCUUCUCGUCGUACUGCCCUUCUGUACACCGUCGUCUAUCCUCCGAUCGCUAAGAAACACCAUAACCUCUAGUCGUCAAUCUAGUGGUCAACUUCAUCGUUGGUCUGGUGGAAUCAUGCUCGUCACCAACUUUACCUCACGUCUCGAAGCAGAACAUCCGCAACUUGCACGGCAUCUCACGCUCGCCAACCUUGUCAAAUUUGUCAACCUCGCCAGUGAGGUGUACAACCGGGCUGACAAUGUGUUAAAAUUUACUUCAGCUGACACUAGGGUUCUACCGUUCCUAUCGCUCGCAUUGCAACUUGACCUGGACAUGGACGAGUACGAAGCCCUCUGGAAUCUAACAUUUCCUUCGGUCCCCUUCGCCCACAUUAACCCUGCCAAUCUGAUACGCUUGCACGGCCUGGAGGUGCAACUUCCAACUAAGAUUCACGAAGUGUAUCUCACUCCACCUACUUCUACCUGCCUAGUUUGCGAUCAACGUUCCGGACGACCCCUUGAGAUUCGACCUCGAAGGCAUGGCUAUGUGUACGACCUCGACGGUAUACACUCCGCCGAGUUCUAUACCUGGUCUUGUCUAGAUUGUCGCGCCACCUAUCGACCGUCGUAUUACACCACAAACGAAACACGUGUAUAUUACACCAAAGCCCAGGGCGCCCACCCGGAUCACUACCAGGUGCACUGCCACUUUGGCAUGACCUACCGUCUAGCAAUGUCAUUCCGACAAUCGCAGAUGUUAGCGCACAUAUCCAAUUUCAAUCUCGUCAACUUAUACAACACGACCAAUUUCAAGGGCCAGCAAGUGCCAAUUAACUCAGGCAACCGCCUCAUAUGUCCUAAGAUCUCGCAAGAAGUCGCGCGCGACGGGGUCGACAUCUUCAGCCUCCUCCGACGAUGUGAGCGACGUGGAUAUGUGCUGCACGUCAGUGCCCAUGGAGACAACACCGACCGUUUACUACCCGCGAUGAUCCGAGAGCUCCAUUAUAUAGCAAAUAAUGGUUCACAUCACCGUGAUCAUUUUUGUUCGUUGUGUGUGCGAACAUAUCCGAUUGAGCACGAAGGAAAGAAUACAGUCAAAAUUAUCCGCGCUGUGGUCACCGACGGCCUUACGAUAGGCCAUUGGCGGUGCACUGCAUCCUCUGCACAGCUCCAAGCGCUAGCACAUCGCGCCGGGGCUCCACCUCCUGAUGGCCCGUGCCUCAACGCUUUACCAAAAGUAACCUCUCGAUUUUGUGCAGAUCACGAGGAAAGUUUGAAAGCCAACGAGGCCGAUCGAGAACACGAGGCUGCCCGUGACGGUGGCGUAGCUAAGCCCAAAGGUACACCUGUUUUGAGCCGUUCCCGCACGCAUAAUGACCAACUCAUCGUCGAAGCACCCAGUGCCCUGAGGGACUAUCUUGUUGAAGCCUUCCCAGAUGGUCUGCCAGAAGUGAUCUUCUACGACAAUGCCUGCAACCUGUUACAAGUGAUACAUAAUGGAGACAAGGAUCCGACUCCCUUUGAAAACACAGUCAUUCCUGUUGACCCCUUCCAUCAUCGCUCUCAUAAAGAGAGCGAUAGCUUUUUUCAAAUGUACACUGACCCCAAGAAAUUCCCCGACUUGCAACAGAAAGGUUCCUGGAUCUUCAAUGCCUCAGCCGGUGAGUUGAGUAACAUAUGGUAUGGAGGAUUUGCCUCCAUGUGUCGCAACAUGCAGGCUACCCGGUAUGAAUUUUUCCUGGAAGAAAUGGUUGAAUUUCGCAACAUAUGGCUGUGUGAUGCAUUGGCUGCCCGGCCAAGCUUGGAGUAUAUUGGUUCACAAAAAUUUUAA